AUGGAGGCAGCGGCUUCUUUUCUACAGCAACCGUUUAGUUUUGGUCCUCAGGGUUCAAACCCUCCACAUGGAGCUCAGCGGACUCAGGGUCCUCAGCAGUCAGGGCCCACAGCAGCUCCACGUCCUGAGGAGCACCAGCAGCCACACCACAAGCCUUUCUUCUACGUUCAGCCAUCGCAGCCGUUCCUGCCUGUGCAGAGUCUGCAGUGGCCUUUGCACAUGCCCAUGCCUGUGUCCUACAACCCGUACUACGGCUACCCAGGUUUAGGUGAGUCCAAAAAACCCUUCUGUGUCAGUUGGUUCAGCUUGUCAUCUUGGGUACAAUAUUGGCUGGAAAUACUAGAUAAAAAAACCUCAAAAGUUUCUUUCAGUUUUCUUUGCUUUGUUUUGUGAUGAUCAAUGUCUUCAGGCUGAUGUUGAACAAGUGUUGUUAAAAACGCUCUCUGGGUUCUUCAAGAUGUGGUUUUGACUGUGGAAGACUAAAGAGACGGCUCUUAAAAACUCAGGACUGUUUGCCCCCUUUCCUUAAAGGUUACGGGAUGCCAAUGAUGCCUCACUAUCAGCCAAACCCAUACAUGGAGCCUCCUAGCUUCGUCGUACCACACACCAACCUCCAUUUGGUGGACUACAGGAGAAUCCUCAACCCACAGUACUACCAGACCAUGGCCUACCACUCCCGCAGGUUCAGGUACCAACACAACAGCCAGACCAGAGAGACAACCAGCUCUGAGGUCCAAACUGAGCCCCUGUCCACCACUCAGAGGACGAGCACACCAGGUUCAAGCAGCACAGAGGCCUCCAGUAGCAUCUCUAUCCCGAGAACUCACAACAGAGACCCUGUCAGACAGCAGACCUCACCAUCACUGGCUGUUCAGAGAGUGGAUCCCCCUCCAGAGCAAAAGGACACCAUGGCUUUGUCCACCACCAGGACUCCGCCGAACGGCAGCUUUGUGAUCCAGACAGAAGAAGUGAGGAUCGAAUGUUGCACGACACCCGCAGGACUUCAACUCCUGCACUCCCGUGAGACUGCAGAGGUGUCCCACAGCUUUUCUCAAGAUGUGGUCCAGCGCAGCUCCGUCGUGCAGAACCGGGUUCUGCAGGACAAAGCGCCACGCCAUCCUGCAGACCAGUUGGACCAGGGACUUCAAGCCUGUCCUGAUAUCCUAUUAGUGGGGAAGUCCAGUAGCAAUGAGAAGAUCCCCACACUGGAGGAGACAAGUCCUGCUGCAGUUCCUGAGUUUGGUUCACCGUUGGAGGUUCGCUGUAAAGGGGAAGAUCAUGUGACAUCCAAGAACUUUCAGUUCAAAGUGGUUCACCUGCCGUUUGACUCAAAGUACCUGGAUGAACUCCGGAAGAUGGAAUCCACUGUCUGGUCUUUGGAGGACACCUUGAUUGCCUCACCUGAGUCAGUGAUCCAAAACAGUCUAAAAGAGUCUCGAAAUGAAUCCCUGAUUGCUGAAGUUCCCUCUGCAGAUGUCCUGAAGUUCAGAGAGGAGGAUGCAGAGGAGGUUGUACCCAUGAUUGAGAUGCGCUCUCUGGCACAUGACGAUCUUGAGGACAUGGUCCUAACCGUGGAAGGUCCUGGGGAUGUGUUGGUGCCGGACCCUGAUAUGUACCCUCGUAUGGAGGUUCCUGUCGCAGAGGAAGCUCCUGUCAUGCUCAAAGAAGAGGUGGCUCAUGUCCCUUAUUUGCUGCUGUUAGAUAAAUCUUCUCCGCAGGCUGAGAGAAGCCAACACAGACGAGAAACGAACAUCCAAGAUCACCAGGAUACUUCAUUCGAAUCUUUGCCGGCGUACCUUCCGUCAACCAGCUGGCUUGCUGACUUUGAUAGCGUCUACUAUUGCAGUAAGAUGCCACCGACUCCAAAGAAGCAAAUCAAACCUUUGAGCAACCACAGUUUGGACGUGCCUUCAAGGAGGAGAAAACUAGAUCUGGAGUACAAGGAACAGCCGAUGACUCGCAAACCAAAAGAAAGGUACAAACCCAAAGGCAAGGUGGACCGACGCAGCCUCUCUGAUCAUGAGUGCUGCCUCAGCAGAAACUUCAACGAGAACGCAUUCACUCCGUAUGCAUCCAAGAGGGAGCGGCUUUGCUCCAGAUGUCUGUCAAAGCGCCAAAUCUGCAUGUCCGUAACCUCAGGACUCGAUGGUCGGACCUUGAAAAGAAAAGCCACACCUUUCCAGCCGUGGAACAACGCACCUCUACCGACAUGUGAAGCCUGUAAAGCUCACUCCAAGAACCAGCUGAUCAGAGGAGGGUCCAAUCACAAACUCUGCGGCCCUUAUGGACACGACACCGAGGGAGAUUCCUCUGAGAACAGCCUGAGUCGUGCAGGCUCAAAAUGGAGGCCAGCUGAUGACCCUGGGAAGCUAAGUGAUCUUAAGAGGCCGCUCACGUCCAAGCAAAACCUGGAGAAAUAUCCAGCAGUGAUGUGCCCGAAGCCGAGGGAGAAGAAUUGUGUGUGUAAUGAGCCGCAGCAUCAGGCAUCUUCAUGGGAGCAUCUGAGACACUGUCCACACGGCAACACCAUCCGAGAGAUGGAUGAGAACUGCUCCGCGCCGUUUUCCCCCCAGCACAAAUGGAGGAGCAUGAAUCAGACUUACCUGACACACAGGUGGCACACUGGUGAGCACACGGUUUCACUUUGAGAUCAGAAAAUUAACCCUUUAUGUGACACGCUUUAUCACUCCUGAAGUCUCCUUUUGUUUUUACACCCAACAGAGAAGUCGUGGAAAGGAGCGACGCCGUACGCUGACGUCAACGGCUCGAAGAAUGACGUCAGGUCACAACACCUGAAUAAACACAAGAAAUCACAACCACGAUCACAAGGUUAGUUCAUGAUAAUCAAUUUGAGUGCACCUAAAACAGCUUUAUGGGAUCUUUGCAAAGACAGGUUUAUAAAAAAAGAUGUGAUGAAUCUACCAAUGUAGGCUUGACACUGCAAAAGCUCAUUCUUACUUCUGGUCAAAAUAUGAAUUAAUUAGUCAAUAUAAUCUAUAUUUAUGGAGCAAAUAUUGCUACAAAUUGUUUCACUAAUGUCUGCACAGAUUUGUGCACAUACCCUCAAAUGCACUGCAGAUCUGCAAAUGUGUAAGAAAAGAUAAGAGACUCCUUUAUUCGUCCCACAAGGGGAAAUCCAAAUUUACAGCAGCGAGAAAUGCAAAAAGAAAAAUUUAAAGAAUUAAAGAAUGUACGUUAGUCUGUAAAGAAAUACAGAGCCAGUACUGACUGAAUUGAUCGAGAUUUUGCCCCCAGAGCUAAAAUACAUACAAGUCUCUUUUUGCAUUGGACCCCUAACUGCCUGUUAAUAAGUGACUUCUGCUACAAUCCUGCAGCGCAAGGUCUGCAUUUGCACACAUUUGCAAAUCUGAGUGUCUGGUAAACAAUAAAUAAUGAUAAAAAGAUAUGCAUGUGCAACAUCGAGGCAAAAAUUUGCAGCAGAAAUGUCUCCAAAUAUGUGCUGCUAUAUGUGAGCGUACAGUUGCUCUGACUAAUUUGAUCCAAAUUUGCAAAAUCUGCUCAAACAGGUAUGUCAUCUUUGAUGUUGUCUUUGUCUACCCAACUUUUAAUCCAGAAUUAAAAGUUAAGAGAAAAUUUAACCUCCUAGAUAUGAAAAAUCAUCGUAUCUUGAAUGUUUGGUGAAAAAAUGACCUGAUUUCUUUCUUUCUUUCUUUUACAGAAAUUCGAAGAAAAGACACGAGAUGUUGA